UUUUAGGGUUUUGGGAGCCCAUGUGGUGCUUUCGCACGAGCCUUUAGAUUUUUAUGCUUGGCUGCAGUAGACUUUGUCGCAAAAUCUUCUUCAUGGCGUCGUUGCGUUACUGGGUGUGUGUGCGUGGGUCUUGCAGACGCUCAAUUAUCGGUACGCGCACCGUGUGUGAUUUCUAAUAAUAUCCUCGACGGUGCGAUAGAAGUGUGUACAAAAGCAAUUCGCGGUGAGAUCGCUACGAGGGAAGAACCUGAAGCUGUCGUGAAGAAGAAGUGAGAUAGAAUUGCCGUGUUUUUGAUCGUUUGCAGAGUUUCCAGCUUGAUUCGUGCGGUGGCGGGUGUGGAGGGCGGUGUUGGUGAGUGAAGGGAGGACCGAUCGAUCUCGUCAUGGGUGAUAAUCUCCAAGCUUCGAACUCAUCGGAAGGCGGGCUCGACCAGCUCCCUUUGAAUUGCUUAGGUACCAUCCUCUCGUUCUUGACUCCUCGAGAGGUUGAGAUAGCGGCGUACGUGUGCCGCUCCUUUCGUGAGGCUUCUAAAUGGAACUUUGUUUGGGAGAAGAUGCUGCCUCCAAGGUACGAGCAAUUGGCGGCACUUGAUCCGGCGUUUGAUGCGACAAGAUUUAGAGACCUGAGAGAAUUCUACUUCCAUCUCUGCCAAUUCUCGUUAUUUGCAAACAGCACGAAGGGUUUCUGGUUAGACCGCAAUACCGGAGGGGCAUGCUUGGGUAUUGGAGCAAGGGGGCUUGACAUCACCUGGGGCAAUGAUUUACGUUAUUGGAAACUUACAACUAAAGAAGAUUCCUUGUUUCCAGAGGUCGCACAAUUGGAAUCUGUGUGCUGGUUCGAAGUGAAAGGGGAAAUUCAGUGUUCACUUCCGCCGGGGGAUUACACGCUUUCAUGGCGCUUGUUUCUGGUGGAGGCGUAUAGUUGGGAAUCAGAACCCGUACACUUCACUCUCUCAAAGGACGGGUUGCAACACAUCGAGAGUAAGUGCUAUUUGACUGAGUUACCAGGAGAAGUGCCUGGGUUUAGAGUACCGACAAAACGGCAAUUGGACGAUGGUUGGGUGGAAUACGACGUCGGGGAGUUUACUGUUGGAAGUGACGAGAAAAAUUGUGCAGUCAGAUUUGCAAUGGUAGCUAUUGAGAAGCUCUACUGGAAGUAUGGCAUUUGCUUGGACGGCGCUGUCAUCCGCCCAACAAAUCUGAAGGCAGCAACACGUGUGAAUGACGAUGAACAGACAGUACACGAAGCUGAGCAGAUGCGAUGUCAACAAGACAUUCCAGAAUAUUGUUAACUAGUUUAGCUUAUCACUUAAAAAAUGAAUGCAAGUUGUUAUAGAUUCGUGGAAUUUACAGCUUUCACAGACCGCCUUGUAAACACCCAUCCUAACUGCCCUCGAUUUCCAAA